CGUUGCGCGAAUAUCGAAUAGAGCUGGACCUAUUUUACAGAUGAUCCUCGCGGUAUUCAUUUUCCUGGUCCUAGGCCAGUACGCAUUGUGCCAGACAAGCAUGGGCAUCAGCUCAGCUCGUUCGUCGAAUGGUUCUUCCAAUACAAUUGCCAGCAGAAUCCAGAAUCUAACAAAAACUUGGACUCCCGGACGCAACCUAUUGCCAGCAGCUUUCUACAAGGGCGGUGUCCGGCUGGAACAUCAAGAGAAACUGCGACUACCGUUGGGAAUUUUGUUGCUGGAAUCCACGGUUGACCUGCCUGAAUCAUUUGAUGCGCGUGAGAAAUGGCCCGGAUGUCCAAGUCUUCGGGAGGUCCGCAAUCAAGGAUGCUGUGGAUCAUGUUGGGCUGUCUCCGCUGCCUCUGCCAUGACUGAUCGGUGGUGCAUUCAUUCCCAGAAUAAUUCACAAUAUUCGUUCGGAUCCUUCGAUCUGAUGGCGUGCUGCCAGGAAUGUGGCGAUGGAUGCGACGGUGGAAACUUGGGUCCAGCAUGGCAGUAUUGGGUCGAGCGAGGCAUAUCCAGUGGAGGUCCAUACAAUUCCCGCAAGGGAUGCCAUCCAUACCCGAUCGAUGUUUGUCACUCGCAGGAUGAGGAAGAUGACACGCCCAAGUGUUCGAAGAAAUGCCAAAUGAACUACAAUCAGACGAGCGCUGGGCGGGAUCUUCGGUACGGACGGGAGGCAUACUCGGUUGCGAUCAACGAGAAGCGGAUCAUGGAUGAGAUUUUUUUGAAUGGACCUGUCCAGGCAGCGUUCAAGGUGUACAGGGACUUUAAGGCGUACAAAAGUGGUGUCUAUCGACACGUUUGGGGUCCGUUCGAGUCCGGUCACGCGAUCAAGAUGCUUGGCUGGGGCAUUGAAAACAACGUCAAAUAUUGGCUGUGUGCAAAUUCCUGGGGCGAAGAUUGGGGAGAUAACGGAUUCUUCAAAAUCAUUCGAGGCGAGAACCAUCUUGGAAUUGAAGAGGAUAUUCAUGCGGGUCUACCGGAUUACAACAAACACGAAGAGAUGUGGGACCCUGAGUACUGAUUUUAGUGAAAAAUAGCUACCAGAGUGCACAAAUAAAAAGAACAAAGCAUUAGUUUGCCAACAGUGACAAUACGGGUACCUAGAA